UUUAUGGUAGCCUGAUAUAAUGCCGAUGUUCUGGUUUCUGACCUGUUGCCUAGCAGCACGGCAGAAGGAGGAUGAUGGUUCAGCUGCCAUUAAGAAAAAGGUUAAGAAAUAUAAACUGUGGGAGCUGAAUGUAGAAUUGUUCAAUUUGGGUGUCCACCUGGAUGAGGACAGUUCCAGCAAUGAAAGGAAAAGCAAAAAGAAGAUGAAACAGGCCCUCCAGAAGCGUCUCAUUAGUGAGCUGCUGAAGAUACACGUGGACACGGACAACAAGAGGGCUAAAGAACUUCAAGUGAGCAACCCCGAUGUUCUAACCCAAAAUGUGUUGAAUCAUGGGAAUGCUUCACUAAAGAGUGAACUGGAACAGAUGGAGACCAGUAACAAGAAAAUAGAAAGUGAUGUACAGAGUGUUCUUCGGGAACUUUUGGACAAAGUUGAAGAAAACAAUGACAGCACUGAUGGACAUCACAUUACCCUGGAUGAAGUGGACACUGCUCUGACUCUGACUCUGAUUUCUGCCGAGCACUUCAAUAAUGAAACCGUGAACAAAAUGCCAAAUGAUGAUGUAAACAGCAUCAGAGCGAAAGUUGGCACAGGGGAAGGUGACAAUGCAGAUUUCAACAUGGCAAAUGACAAAGUGUGAAAAAGUGCUCAGGACUUGGACUGGAGACGAGAAGGAAGACAGAAAAUCCCUUUUUGGCGUCUGGUUCUUCUGUUGUUGCUUUUUUUCACCUUUAUUACUUAAUUGUAGCAGCUUCUGGCAAAAGCUCUUCAGUAAACGUUUGGU